CUAUAAAACCCCCUGCGUCAAACAAAUAACAUUUAAAACCAUGUUCAAACUAAUAGCUUUAGUAUCGCUGACCGUUUCAUUUUGUUGGUGUCAAGAUGUGUCUCGACCCAUCAUUACCACAACUGGAGGUCAGGUGCAAGGUAUAACAGCUAGCUGUGGUCUGUUCUGUAGCUACUUCCAAUUCAAUGGCAUACCAUAUGCGGAGCCUCCAGUUUCCGAAUUGAGAUUCCGGAAUCCAGUCCCACAUCGUGGAUGGUCGGGUGUUCGAGAUGCUAGCGAACAUGGAGAAAGUUGUGCAGCACUAAGUCCUCUCAGUGAAUACUCAGGCAGUGAGGAUUGCCUGUUCAUCAAUGUGUAUACGCAGAACAUUAUCGGAUCUCGACCGGUUAUGGUAUGGAUUCAUGGGGGUGGCUUCGUUUUAGGUUCCGGUGAUUCCAGGAUAUACGGGCCAGAGCAUUUAGUUCAAGAAAAUGUGGUUGUCGUCUCUUUCAACUAUCGACUAGGCAUUAUGGGAUUCUUCAGCACUGGUGAUACACACGCCCAAGGCAAUUGGGGUGCGAAAGACUGUGUGGAGGCUCUGAGAUGGGUUCGGGACAAUAUUGCGGCUUUUGGUGGAGAUCCCAACAAUGUGACGAUCUUUGGUGAAAGUGCGGGAGGAGCACUGGUGCAUUAUUUAAUUUUGUCUCCAAUGGCCACCGGAUUAUUCCAUAAAGCAAUCGCUCAAUCAGGAACUGCAUUGAAUCCAUGGGGAUUCCAGUACAACGUACGGGAAAUGGCACACAGUAUUGCAGAUGCAUUCGGUUAUCCACACGAUAGUGCAGAACUUGCACGACUUCUGCGAUACACUCCUAUUGCAGAUUUCAUUGAUCUUCAAAGAACCAUCACCGACAUCCCGAUUCCUCGUGGGUUCAAGCCCUUUGAAUAUGUCCCUAGCGCUGAACCAGUCAACUCUCCAGAGCCCACCUUCUUUACUCAACGUCCAAUAGAAGUUCUACUUUCGGGAGCAUACAAUCAUGUUCCAAUGAUGAUCGGCUACACUAGUGCAGAAAGCCUGUUUAUGGUUCGUGAGCAUCUUCUGGAUUCUACUGUAUGGAAUGAAUUCACUCGCAAUCCGCAAUUCUUUGUGCCACACUUUUGGAAUAUUCCUGCCAACACUCCAGAAUCAAACGCAGUCAGCCAAGCAUUCCGCAAUUUCUACUGGCAGGAUCGUACUCUUGGGCCUGAUGUUAUGGUAGAAUGGACUCAAUUUCACACUGAUCAACAGUUCAUCUAUGCCGUAGACAAAGCGGUGGUUCUAACUGCCGAACGGAGCACACAACCCACCUUCUACUAUAAAUUCAGUUUUGAAGGUGACCUCAAUUUAAUAAAACGUGUGCUUUUACUAACCGACUUGCCAGGAGCAGUUCAUGCUGAUGAACUAGCCUACCUGUGGUCUAUAACAAAUAUACCCAUUUCACCCAUUCUACCGAGCAAUCCGGCAAACGUUGUUCGACAACGAAUGGUCCGCCUUUGGACCAACUUUGCCAUCACUGGACAUCCAACUCCUAAUUCGGAUACAGCCCUACAAAACAUCCACUGGCCUCCAGUCCAGGGAAGUGAUAUGACGUAUCUAGACAUCGGAGACAACCUGGUGGUGACUAAAAAUCCUAACCAAGCACGAAUUAACCUUUGGAGAGAUUUGGAAGAACGCUAUGCUAAUGACCCAUUUUUCUAUCCCUAUUCGUAAAAGUGUUGUGAAAAUAAAUUCAAAAUCCCCUUAA